AUGUGGAAAGCGAUUGCCAAAGGUCGUUCGCAGUCCCAGGUGCUUCGAGGCAGCUUCAAGCCCAGCUUAAGGCAAGUUGGAAAAGCAAUGGCACCUAUAACUGGCCGCAAUAGCAGUACAUUGCCAGGACUGUACAAGGAGGACCCGUCGAAAGGGCCUAUGUUACGAUAUGAGGACUCUCUUCCCAAACUUCCUGUGCCGACAUUAGAGGAGACUGCGGCGCGGUAUCUCAAGACUGUCCACCCUCUGUUAUCACCCUCCGAACUCGAAUCCACGACGAAAGCUGUGCAAGAAUUUAUCAAACCCGGCGCAAUUGGCACCAAGCUGCAGGAAAAGCUGAUUUCCCGCAGAGAAGACCCAAAACACAAGAAUUGGAUAUACGAGUGGUGGAAUGACGCAGCAUAUUUGACAUAUAGAGACCCAGUUGUACCAUACGUGAGCUACUUCUACUCUCACCGCGAUGACAGAAGAAGGAGGGAUCCUUCGAAGAGAGCUGCCGCGAUCAGUACUGCAAUCUUGUCCUUCAAGAAACAAGUGGAUGAGAAGACGCUCGAACCAGAAUACAUGAAAAAACUACCAAUUUCCAUGGAGAGUUAUCAGUGGAUGUUCAACGCUUGCCGCAUACCAGCAAAGCCCGCAGAUUUCCCUAAGACAUAUUCACCAGCAGAGCACAAGCACAUCCUAGUAGUUCGCAAGAACCAGUUCUUCAAGGUUAUGCACGAAGUCGACGGGAAGCAAUUGAACACUUCGGAGUUGGAGCAGCAAUUUAAGCGCAUAUAUGAGAGGGCAGAAAGGCAGCCAGGGAUUGGUAUGCUGACCACUGAAAACCGUGAUGUAUGGACAGAUGCUAGAGAGGUUCUCUUGAACGCUCACCCCUCCAAUGCUGCAGCGCUAGAGGCCAUUGAGGCUGCUUCGUUUGUAAUCUGCUUGGAUGAUGCAGCUCCAGUCACGCUGGAAGAAAGAGCCCAUCAGUACUGGCACGGCGAUGGAUCUAAUAGAUGGUUCGACAAACCUCUUCAAUUUAUCGUUAACGAUAAUGGCACCUCUGGCUUCACUGGAGAGCACUCGAUGAUGGACGGUACUCCUACACACAGACUCAACGACUAUGUGAACGAAGUCAUUUUCGCGAAUAAACUUGACUUUUCCGAUCCUUCUGUGCGCUCCAACCUUCCGGAGCCUACCCCUAUCAAAUUCCAUGUCAACAAGGAAGUUCAAGCGGAGGUCGAACGUGCUACCAAGGACUUCAACCAGGUUAUUGGAUCCCAUGAACUUAGAGUGCAGGCAUAUCAAGGCUAUGGAAAGGGGUUGAUCAAGAAAUUCAAAUCCUCACCUGACGCAUACGUCCAAAUGAUUAUUCAACUCGCCUAUUUCAAGAUGUAUGGCAAGAGCAGACCGACCUAUGAGUCGGCGGCUACUAGACGCUUCCAACAAGGUCGAACAGAAACUUGUCGGUCGGUUUCAGAUGAUUCAGUUGCCUUUUGCAAAGCUAUGCAAGACUCGUCGAUUUCACCUGAAGAGACGGUGUCUCUUUUCCGUAAAGCAAUCAAUUCUCAUGUGGAAUAUAUUACAGCAGCGUCGGACGGAAAGGGCGUUGACCGACAUCUUUUUGGCCUAAAGAAACUUCUCGGUCCCAACGACGAGAUGCCAGCCAUCUACAAGGACCCAGCGUUCGCUUACUCAAGCAAAUGGUUCAUUUCGUCCUCUCAACUUAGUUCUGAAUACUUCAAUGGAUAUGGUUGGAGCCAGGUAGUUGAUGAUGGUUGGGGGAUUGCUUAUAUGAUUAAUGAGAACAGCAUUCAAUUUAACGUAUGCUCAAAAGGUCUCGGCAGCGACCGAAUGUCCUUUUAUUUGAAUGAAGCAGCGGGUGAUAUGAGGGACCUGUUGGCACCUACGCUUGAGGCGCCCAAGGCGAAAUUGUGA